GCCGCCCGCAGACGUCAGGGACCCGCCGCGCGAGGUCGCCGGCCGCCGCUCUGCCCGUGGGCUCGGCCGGGGCUGCCGCGAGCGUGCGGGCCGCGCCGGGCAUGUCUUAGGCGGCGGCCCCGCCCAGCGCUCGGCCGGCCGGGCGGGAGGGCCGGGCCGAGCCGGGCCGAGCCGGGACCAGGCGGCCGAGCCGGGGGCCGAGACGGAGCCGCAGGGCCAGAUAGGCCUCGUCAGCACCAAGAUGAGUGUCACGUCGUGGUUCCUGGUGAGCAGCAGCGGCACCCGCCACCGGCUCCCACGCGAGCUCAUCUUCGUGGGGCGCGAUGAGUGCGAGCUCAUGUUGCAGUCACGAAGCGUGGACAAACAGCAUGCUGUCAUCAACUACGACCAGGACCGUGAUGAGCACUGGGUGAAGGACCUGGGCAGCCUCAACGGGACAUUUGUGAAUGAUGUGCGCAUCCCAGACCAGAAGUAUAUCACACUGAAGCUCAAUGAUGUCAUCCGCUUUGGCUACGAUUCUAACAUGUACGUGCUGGAGCGUGUGCAGCACCGUGUUCCCGAGGAGGCACUCAAGCACGAGAAGUACACCAGCCAGCUUCAGGUGAGCGUCAAAGGCCCAGCACCCAAGAAAGGAGAGGUACUGCCCGAGCACACGCCCUACUGUGAGUCCUUGCAUCCCAGGCCUGAGAAGGGGGACCGGAGACCCGGAGCAGAGGCGGUGGCCUACCGCACACCCCUCUACGGGCAGCCCUCCUGGUGGGGCGAGGACGACAGCACGCCAGCGCCUGAGGACCGGCGCCAGGAGGAAGCCUUCCCAGAGCGUCCCAGGGAGGCGGCUCAGCGGGAUGGAGAGCUGGACGGCGUCCGCACCCCGGUGGGGCUGCAGGGCUGCGCGCUCCGGCGGGAGCCCAGCUACUUCGAGAUCCCCACGAAGGAGGCCCCACAGCCCACGCGGCCCCCGGAGCCCCCGGUGCAUGAGGUGCCCACCAAGGAGGAGGAGGCGGGCGGGGGGCCGGCCCCCGUGGUGCAGAGCCACGCCUCCUUCACCAUCGAGUUCGAUGACGGCAGCCCAGGCAAGCUGAAGAUCAAGGACCACAUCACCAAGUUCUCCCUGCGGCAGCGCAGGCCCCCCGGCAAGGAGGCCACGCCUGUGGACACCGUCUCGGCCGAGACCAAAGUGGCCGACUGGCUGGUGCAGAACGACCCCAGCCUGCUGCGCCGGGCCGGCCCCGGGGAGGACGGCCACAGCACCAAGAGCGACCUACCCAUCCACACCCGCACCCUGAAGGGCCACAAGCAUGAGGACGGCACACAGAGCGACUCAGAGGACCCCUUGGGCAAGGCGGCCGCAGGGGCCGGGGCCACCCCCGAGGUCCCCGGGGAACAGGUGCGGCUGCAGAGGCAGAUCAAGCGGGACCCCCAGGAGCUGCUGCACAACCAGCAGGCCUUCGUCAUCGAGUUCUUCGACGAGGACACGCCCCGCAAGAAGCGCUCUCAGUCCUUCACGCACACCCCCGCGGGCGAGCCCAAGCCGGACAAGCGCCGUGGCCCAGGCGCCAACGACAGGGAGCGGGAGCGCCCGGGGGCUCCAACCCGCGCGGCAGGCGGCGGCCCGGGGCCGCAGAGGGCCAGCUCGCUCAAGCGGGAGAAGACAGAGGAGCGGCUGGGCAGCACCUCACCCGCCCCCCGGGCCCCUGCCCGUCCCUUCGGCAGCGUGGGGCGCCGCUCCCGCCUGGCGCAGGACUUCAUGGCCCAGUGUCUGCGGGAGAGCUCCCCGGCCGCCAGGCCCGUCCCUGAGAAGGCACCCCCAGCGCUGCCUGCCCCCCUGACACCCCGUGGGACCAGCCCCGUUGGCCCCCCAACACCCCCGCCAGCACCCUCAGACCCCCAGCUCACCAAGGCGCGCAGACAGGAGGAGGAAGACAGCCUCAGCGACGCAGGCACCUACACCAUCGAGACGGAGGCGCAGGACAGGGAGGUGGAGGAGGCCCGAAAGAUGAUCGACCAGGUGUUUGGGGUAUUUGAGUCUCCUGAACUCUCCAGGGUGUCGGCAGCCACCUUUCGCCCAGUCAUCAAAGGGGACAGAGACGAGGCCAGUGAUGGGGGCGUGGCCCAGCGCAUGGCCUUGCUGCAGGAGUUUGCCUCCAGGCCACCAGGCUUGGCACCCCAGGUGGAGCACCAGCAGGGCCUCCUGGUUCCAGGUUCCCCUGGGGGUCAGAAGUGGGUGUCCCGCUGGGCCAGCCUGGCCGACAGCUACUCAGACCCAGGUCUGGCAGAAGAUGGCCCCGGGCCCAGAGCCGGAGAGGCGGAGGGGCCCCUGCCUGUGCGCACACGGCGACUGCUCCCUCGGCUACCUGGCGACAGAGCUGCCAGUCCUGCAGGCCCUGAGGCUGCCAGAAGAAGUGGGCCCGGGCCGCCAGACCUGGGCAGCGAGCCGGCCAGCUGCCACGUAGGCCAGGAGGACCUGGACCCCGACAGCCUCAGUGAUGCCAGUGGGUCAGAUGGGGGCCGGGGCCCGGAGCUGGGCCCAGAGCUGCUGGAGGAGAGGCACAGGAGCCCCCAAGAGGGACCAGCCUGGGCCAGGGGGAGGCGCUCACCCAGGACCCCUGGAGAGCUGGCCCCUACGUCUUUCUUCAUCGGAGACCAGCACAGGGAGGCUGCUUUCUCCAAGAAACCGAGCGUGGCUCCUGGGGAAGUGGAGGACCCUGGGCAGGCGGCAAGUGACGGCCUGCACGUCAGCACCAGCGGGAGGAUGGUCAUCCAGCUGCGACCCGGGCGGUCCCCAGCACCCAGCAGCCCCUGCCCACCCCCACCCAAGGAGGCUGUGGCCUUCGUGCGGCAAGAGAGCUUCACCAGGGAGCCAGCCAGCAGCUCCCCUGUGCCCGGCAAGCUCCCACACAUCUCCAGUCACCCCCUCCUGCAGGACCUGGCUGCAGCCCGGGCCUCGCGCAUGGACGGCCACUCUCAGGACACCCGUCUGAUCCUGAAGGAGACCGAGACAGCCCUGGCAGCCCUGGAGGCGCGACUGCUCUCCAAGUCUGCAGAUGAAGAGGGCGAGGGGGGCAGCACCCCCAGGCAACCAGAGGACUCCCUGUCUGGGGACUCAGAUGUGGACACGGCCAGUACCGUCAGCCUGCUCAGUGGCAAGAAUGGACCCAGCCCAACCACCCUGCAGCCCCGGGGGCGACAAGAGAAGCUUCCUUCCCCACCAACUGUGCCAGACCCCGGGGGUGCCGCCCAGAGCAGCACCCGGGAGCAGCUGAUGGAGAAGCAGCAGCACCUGCCAGCAGCAGAGCUGGGCCCUGGGGAGCCCGCGCAGCGCCCGGCCGCACGGCGUGGCCCUGGGCCCCGAGGGUCCCUGGACUGGCCCGAUGAUGAUUGGGGCCCUGGCCUCACCCACCCGCCCAGCUCAGACUCGGUCAUCUCCAACCGCGAGACUCCUGAGGCCACUGGGGCAGGGCGGCCAGGGCCUCGCCGGAAACCAGUGGCCCCCCCACCAUCUCCUGCUGCCCGGGAUGAGCAGAGCCGAGGGUCCACCAGUGCCCAGAAGGUGCAGCAGGCGCUGACCCGCUCCAACAGCCUGUCCACCCCCAGGCCCACUCGGGCCUCCCGCCUGAGACGGGCCCGACUGGGGGAUGCCUCAGACACUGAGACUGUGGACGGCGAACGGGGGCCUCUGGCCAACCCUGAGCCAGCAGGCCGGCCAGCUCCCGAGCAGGCCAAGAAGCCGUCACGCUUGGACAUCCUGGCCAUGCCCCGGAAGCGGGCAGGCUCCUUCACAGGGCCCAGCGACUCUGAGACAGCCCCCGCCCGCACUGGCUUCUCUGGCCGCAGUGUCGAGCUGUCCUCGGCCAGCCGCAAGCCCACCGUGGCCGAAGCCCGAGCUGCCACCAGGAAGGCCGCCGUUGCCACGGCCACCCCUGCCGCGGGCUCCCGCCAGCCCUUCAGCAGGGCCCGCCCAGGCAGCGCCAGAUACUCUUCCAACACGCGUCGCCGGCAGCAGGGCUCGGAUCACACGUCCACCUCCGAGGAGGAGUACGGCUCCCACCACGGCUCCCCCAAACACACACGCUCCCAUGCCUCAACAGCCACGCAGACCCCCCGGGCUGCCAGCUCUGGCCGUUCCCGCUCCCGGGCCCCUGGCCUCCGGGACACCGAUGACGAGGAGGAGCCUGAUCCUUAUGGCUUCAUUGUGCAGACGGCAGAGAUCGCCGAGAUUGCCAGGCUAAGCCAGACCCUGGUGAAGGAUGUGGCUAUUCUGGCCCAAGAGAUCCACGACGUGGCUGGAGACGGUGACUCGCUGGGCUCCCCGGGGCCCACCCGCAGCCCUUCCCUUGGGAACGUGCCCAGCACCCCUGCCUCAACCAUUUCCGCCCACGAGGAGCUGGUGCAGCGCAUCCCAGAGGCCAGCCUCCACUUCCAGAAGGUGCCGCCUGGCUCCCUCAGCUCCCGAGACUUGGACCAGAACAUGAACGCCAGCAGAGAGGACGCCCUGGCCAACAGGACGAGGCCUCGGAACCGGGAGGAGGUGAUCUUCGAUAACCUGAUGCUGAACCCUGUGUCCCAACUGUCGCACGCCAUCCGUGAGAACACGGAGCAUCUCGCGGAGAAGAUGAAGAUCCUGUUCCAGAACACGGGCCGGGCAUGGGAGGACCUGGAGGCCAGGAUCAACGCCGAGAACGAGGUGCCCAUCUUGAAGACCUCUAACAAGGAAAUCAGUGCCAUCCUGAAGGAACUGCGGCGAGUGCAGAAGCAGCUGGAAGUGAUCAAUGCCAUCGUGGACCCCAGUGGAAACCUGGACCUGCUCACGGGGAGCAGAGCGUGCACCAGCUCGGGUCAGCUCGGGCUCGGGAAGAGCCGGCCUGCGGCCCAGAUCCCGUCUACACCCACCUCAGUAGAGACCUUGCUGCCAGCCCUGCCCCUGAGGAGCUUCCCACAGCGGGCCAACUGCGGGCCCCCCGGCCUCCCGGAGCCCGCCUUCCUCCCCGACGCAGAGAGGUUCCUGAUCUAGGCCACAGGCCUGGGGGGGCGCCCGGGCCAGCCUCCCAGGCGCAUGUGUCCUGUCCCUGCCCGCCCACCUCUCCCCCGCCCAACCUCAGGCGGCUCUGCGAAAACCCCACAUGUGCCAUAACCCCGUGGGCCGCCCCUCCUCAGCCCAGCCAGCCCCCAGCCCCAUCCAGCCCCCACCCCACAGGCCGCUGCCAGGGGCACGCCGUCCAGGACACGCACCCCAUCGCUGUUGUUUUGUUAUUAGCUUUAAAGAAAAAAGCAGUGUGUGCCAUUACAGGGGGUCCCACCAGGCUGACCGCGAUGCCACACUCAGCCUGGAAGGGCCCUGCCUGGCCUCGCCAGGAGGCCCUGUACUGACCUGUUGCCACCUGUGUGCCGGCCCAGGGCUGGCAGAGGAAGAGAGGCCGGGCCGUGGACCCGUUGGUGCCACAUGUGGAGCUGGGGGCGCAGGCGUGUUCCUGCUCCUCCCGGAAGGAGGGCCCAGGCCCUGGUGGUGCCGCCUGUCCCCGUCCAGCAGCCUGGGCAGCUGAGCAGCCCUGGAGAUGUGGGCAGAACCUGGUGCCAACACAACUGCCAAACCCACCGAGCCUGGGCUGCCCCAGAGAACCCUCCUGCGCGUGGGUGGGCUGGCAGGAGCCGGGCCUGGCCCGGGACAGGGCCGUGGAGACCGUUAGAGCCAGCCCAGGCCUGCCUGCCACUGCACCCCGGGAGCCGCAGGGGCCAGCCAGCCAGGGACCUGGGUUCCAGAGGCCCCGGGCGUGGGCACACGGGCAUGCAGCUCCUGGGUGGAAGUGAGCGCGAGACAGAGCAGCCGGAAAGCAGGUUCCCAGGAGCUCCCGGCUUGGUGGUCUAGACGACCUGCCCCUCUGGCCUCCCCUGCCUCCCCUGUGCUGUGGCUUUAAGUAGGUCAUCCACAACAGGCUCCCGUGGCCUGACCUGCAGUGGGGAUGGGGACCGCCAGGAACAUUGUGCUUUCUCAGGACCCUUUCAGCUGGGAGCAGGCCGGGUGACCAGGAUGUGCUCCUCGGCUGCAGCGGUGGCCGUUCCUGGAGCCACUGAGCCAAAGAGCCGCUGGCUGCGGUAGCGUGGGGCCUCCCCUCGACCAGCCCAGGGUGGUGUGCCCCACACUGCUCCUGGGAUCUGCGGGGUCAGCCAGGCAGGCCCUUUGCCGUGGAGAGGUGGCUGCCGGCCCCGUGGGUGACAGGCCUGCUGUUUACAGAUAGCUGGCGUGGAGUCCAGUGCAGGGCCCUGGCACCUCUGCGCCCCGCCACCUGAUGUUUACGCGUGUGUAUGUGUGUGUGUAGGGAGGCCAGGGGACGCGCCUGGCCCCCACCCCGAGAGCCUGCUGUCCAUUUGGAGGAGGUGCUAGUCCGGCCAGCCCAGGUGCCGCCCACCCUGCAUGCCCCUCCCAGCUGCCCACAACCUGUUCCCGGAAACAAGCCAGUGAGGCUCACCCUUGUCCGAGACUCAUCCACGCCCACACCGCCACUGUACUGAUUCUUUUUAUGCACAAAUUGGUGUCCCCGCCCCCCACAUCGCGUUCCUUUGUUCCUUCCCUCCAGCCUUCGACCCGGGAUUAGUACCUACUCGCCUGGCUUCUCGGAGGUAUCUCUGUACAUUGUUCUCAGGUGGUCUUGUGGAUGUCUUUCAGAAAAUGGUUUUUAUAUGAUUUGUCAUGGAGUUUGUUCUAAUAAAUCAUUCUUGUAUCACGUGGC